CUCAUGGAAGGAGCAGGAAAAUCGUAUAAACCCCACAUCAUGGUGCACGGAAUACUCCACAAACACAGUCUCUGUCACUGAUAAUUUCCCAGCCAGUUCAAACCCAAUAAAAACAUGCCCCUCCUCUUGCCGGGUCCUCCUCCAACACACAUCCUCUCACCACACAGUUGUUUCCCAAUAUAUAAACUUCCCCACGCCGGCCUCAUUUACGCCACAACACACUGCACCUGCCACGCCGCACCAUCCGGCCGUGCGCGUCGCUCGUCACCCAUGGCCAAGCGCCUCUUCCAUUCUUGCCGCUCCCCGUCCGCCGCCGCCGUGGUCACCCCCUCCACCAACCUCCUCGCCAAGCACAUCUCACCGGCCCUCACGCCCCCCGCCGGCGGAUGCUGUCCGCGCGGCCUCCCUCACCGGCGGCCCCUGCCACCGGAAACCUGCAGUGCGAGGGGCUGCGCUGCCGACUACACUGCCGACGACCUCCCUCCGGCCCGUGGAACGCCGGCCUACCGCUGGCUGAAAAGCUCCCACUGGCACGUCAUCGAGGCCGCCACCGACGGCGACGACACGCCCCGCCUCAAGAUCGACGCGCGGCGCCGGCUGCGGCGCUCCCGGCGCCGCCGUCGGCUCCACCGCAAGGCGGCCAUAGAGAGCCUGUCGUCCGGCGACAGCGGGUGGUUCAGCAGCAGCGAGGAGCCGAGCGCGUACAGCAGCCGCAGCGUCGAGGCGGAGACGACGCUGGUGACGUCCACCACGACGGAGACCUCGUCGGGCGUGAGCGGGAGGUCCGGCGCCGUCGCGGCGGAGGCGGAGGCGGUGGUGGCCGGGAGCUUCGCGGUGGUGAAGCGCUCGGACGACCCCCGGGCCGACUUCCGGCGGUCCAUGGCGGAGAUGGUGGUGGGCCGCGGCAUCUACGACGCCGACGGGCUGGAGCGGCUGCUGCGGUGCUUCCUGGCGCUCAACGACCAGCGCCACCGCCGCGACAUCGUCGACGCCUUCGGCGACGUAUGGGAGGCCGUGUUCUCCAGCCCACUGUCGCACGACGCCGUCACGUCCGCGCCUGCCGCGAGCUGCUGCGCAGCUGCCGCAGGGGCGUCCCGUCAGUAGGAGUGCAGAGCACGCAUGGCCACCCUGUAAAAUGUGAUUAUCUGUAGUACACGUGGUAGAGUAGACGUAUGUAAAUUACUACUCCAUGUUUCUUCUUUGGGUUUGCUGCGGCAGUGGCCUCCUUCCGGUUGCUUGCAUGCCACUUCUUUGCAGUGUGGAAAUGGGCGCGCGACUACUCGGAUCGGAUGGGAUAAGACGUGAACAGAGAACGUCUCUCUGCACACAUGCCUAUUUCUCGAUCCCAGCUCUCAGUCUAGCCCUUUUCCUCUCAGAAUUCUGUAAAAAUGUAAGUUGCUCUGGUGAAUCCUACAGUAUUUUCCUA